AUACCUCCAUGCAGAGUCAGAGCCCCCAGCAGGCACAGGCUUCUGGCUGGCUUUAACCCUUCAGGCUGAAACACUACCUGAAUGUUGGUUCUCUUUUGUAAUCCUCCCAUCUCCAACCUCAUUUUUGACUAGCAGGUCUGGGAAGGUGUGCAGUGUUGGAGUAGGGAAGGGAUGCAGUGGUUUGGGAGGGAUUUUUGUGUGCACUCCCAAUUUUCCAUCUCCCAGGCACAACGGCAUGUUCUGCACGCACAGCCAAGUGUGUGCAAUGUCCCUGAAAUGUGAGUGAGCCUUUAAGGAGGCUGCCUGACUUCCUCUGCAGCACUCCCUGGCAGCCUGGCAAAGUGGGCUAAAUUCAGAAGUGACCUAGAAGGAGGAGGGGGCCAGUGUAAAAAUGGAGGAACAAACCUGGAACCCCAAGGUAAAAUGGAAUAUCAUAAUAAGGAAUUUAACCAGAAGGUUUCUGCAGUUAAAUUUAUCCUGUCUUGAACUCCAGGGUAAGUUCUGCUGCUGCUCCUACCUAGCUCACUCUCCAUGGCACAGAAGCUACAAGAAGCACUUGCUCAUGUGUCCCAUAAAAUGUGAUUGAUGGCAUGUCUGAAUUUGAUCCACCAGCUCAUGUCUGAGGAUGGCUCCUCUGGGUUUGUCAUAUCUCACUGUAGGGCUGAGUCAGCUUUCACUUCACUUGCAGAGACUUCUCUCUGGCUAAGUAAGCUUGGAUCAUGGCAAGGAAAAAGAACUUUGCCAGAUAUCAACUGAUUCUUCAGGACUUUAAACUGCGUGGUAUGAGGCUCUAGGGCACUGCAUUUCUUUUUUGACGCCUACUCUGAGGUAAGAGAAGGGGAAACUCCACUGAAAUUAAGGAGUGCACACCAGAGCAGGCUGUGUGGUUACAGUGAGCCAUGACAGCCCUUUCUUCACAUUUCAGCCAGUGUUCAGUGAGGACUUAACUGCUUUUUGAUUUUAGUCAACUGCAGGAGAUAAUCCCAACAGUGAAAAGGAGAGAUUCUGGCCUAAAGCACAGUGACUGAUCUCUCCUGACCUCAGAUCCUGUUUGGUCCUUACUCUCUUUUAAAAUGAAUCAGCUGAUGAAGAAAGAUGGGAAGUUAACAAGGAGCCUCAUCUGUGACACAUAUGGAAGUCCUGAUGGAAAAAUGUGAACCAGCUUCCCAUCUGUUUCAUCCUCAUCUAGAAGUAAGAGAAGGAAGGUUAAGACAGAUCCUUGGAAAUGGGGAACACGAGCAGUGAGCGGGCGGGGCUGGAGCGCCAUGGGCACAAAGGAGCCCGAGGGGAUGGCACAGGAGGAGCCACCAAGGAGGGGGACCGGCCCAAGAUCCUCAUGGACAGCCCUGAGGAUGCAGACUUGUUCCACUCAGAGGAAAUGAAGGCUCCAUUGGAGAAAGAGGAAUUUCUGGCUUGGCAGCAGGACCUGGAGGUGAACGAUAAAACCCCCACUCAGGCUCGGCCCACGGUGUUUCGCUGGACUGGAGGAGGGAAAGAAGUUUAUUUGUCAGGGUCCUUCAACAACUGGAGCAAAAUUCCUCUGACAAGGAGUCACAAUAACUUUGUGGCAAUCCUGGACCUGCCAGAAGGAGAGCACCAGUACAAGUUCUUUGUGGAUGGGCAGUGGACACAUGAUCCUGCAGAGCCAGUAGUAACCAGCCAGCUGGGUACUGUCAACAACAUCAUCCAGGUGAAGAAAACUGACUUUGAAGUAUUUGAUGCUUUGAUGGUGGACUCCCAGAAAUGUUCAGACAUGUCUGAGCUGUCAAGUUCACCCCCAGGACCAUAUCACCAGGAGCCCUAUGUUUGCAAGGCAGAGGAGCGCUUUAAGUCACCACCUAUUCUCCCCCCACACCUGUUGCAGGUCAUCCUGAACAAGGACACAGGCAUUUCUUGCGAUCCCGCUCUGCUCCCUGAACCCAACCACGUCAUGUUGAACCACCUCUACGCGCUUUCCAUCAAGGAUGGAGUCAUGGUGCUCAGUGCUACACAUCGUUACAAGAAGAAAUACGUGACUACUUUGCUGUACAAGCCAAUAUGAGCAUCGUAGUUGUUUGUGACCAAUUGUUCUGGGCCAGUGCAGUCUCAGAAAAAAAUGCUUCACUUAACCAAACAUACUUCUGCUCUGUGCUGUAGCAAAUGAACUCUGAUUUUAUAUUGUUUCUGAGACUUCCAGGUUCUCCCGUAUUUGCCUUAUUUUCCUAGUACCACCUUGGAAGUUCUUGGAAAUGGCAGCUUCGUGGCAACUAGACAGGUGGCAAAGGUGUCAGUGCCCACUGUCAGCUCAGUUAAAAAACCACCAGUUUAAUUAGGCUGCAAAACGUGAGGCAGCAGCAGAUCAAAGAGCUUUAGCAGCGAGGCAGGCUCUGAGUCUGUCAGCCCAAAGUCUAGAAAGUUCAGGAUUCUUGUGGAAUCUGAUCUGAGCAUAACACUCAGCAAAAGCAAGCUUAUUACUGCUUCCAUAACUCAUCAAACACAAUCCUUUCAGUAGCAAGUUCCAAACUUGCAUGGCUGAAGUAAGUGUGAAUAUUGAUGAUCUGUUUUUGUAGCAGCCUUUUCUGGGCAGAAUCAGCAACAUAGUCACCUACAAGCUCGUUACUAUUUUACGGUAGACUGGGGUGCACGGUUUCUACUGUGAAUAGCUCUGUAGUUUUUCUCUUCAGGAGAACUGAAAUACUUUUCCCCUGUGGAAUUUCUGGUAAAGACAGAUGUUUUUAAUGGCUGGAUUUUUCUGUAAAUCGUAAAUGUGUCUUGGCAGUAAUCUGCUUUUUGAAACCGGUUUCUCUUGCUGUCACUGAUGAGGACUUCCUUAAGCUGGCAUGGGUAGCUGUAAGGAAAUGGAUGGCUUCAGUUUAGGAAUUAGUUCCUCAGUAAGAGCCUGAAGGUGACUGUAAGUGUCCUGUGGCCAAACUUGCCCCUCGGUGUCCGCAGUUGCAGCGUGUUGGCUGCAGCAGCACCGCAGCCCUCUGUGCCAGGGCUGGAACUGGGCAAUUUUUUAUUCUGUUUCUGUUUUCUGAGUGAUCAAAGUAAUGCCAGGCUGCCUGUACUUGAUACUCACAGCCUGUUUUAUCCCAAAACAAAUGCAACAUUAAUGCAAACCUGCUGCCAGUGUGCCCCAGCCUCGCCCGGGAUGGGCCCUGCUGGGCCCUUCCCUUGGCUUGUGUUGGUGCCUGGGGCACUGUGACUGUGCCAAUGAUAACCAGCCCCGUCCCACUGUGGGGGAGAGCACCCUGCACUGAUCUGUGAGGAGUCUGAGUGGGGCCAGAGCUGCAGCAGAGUGGACCAGCCACAGAGGGAGGCUGGUUUGCCAUCCUGGGGUCUGUUCACCAGCCUUGUUGCAAUAUCUCCAGUAGCCGAGUUAGACCUGGGUCCAGUGCAAUGGUUUUCUCUGAAAACUCUUUUCUUCAUUCUGUGCUAUGGAUAGUAUUUGGUAUUCUGAACUACAGAAUUGCUUUUGUUUUCAGCCUCUUUAGAAACAAAUAAAACAUUUUCAAGA